AUGGCGGAAUCUUCGAAUUCCGCUGCGGCCUCUGGCCAAACUCAGACCGCGGCAAAGCCUACGAAGGCGCCGAACCCAGUAUGGAAAAUGAUGGGGAUGCCUAACUUCCGCCUCAAACUUCCUUCCCGCAAUUGGAUGAUCUUUCUCACAGUAACCGGCUCUUUCACCGCUGCCCUGGUCUAUGACCGCAAACAGAAGAAGCGUGCACAACAGAAAUGGUGUGACUUGGUGGCGCACCUUUCCAAAGAGCCUCUCCCAAUUGAUCAAACACGGCGUAAGCUUACAGUCUUUCUGUCGGCCCCUCCUGGCGAUGGUCUCCGCGUUGCUCGGGAGCACUUCAAAGAAUAUGUCAAGCCCAUACUAGUAGCCGCGGCCUUGGACUACCAGGUGAUCGAAGGACGGCGGGAAGGCGACAUCCGCGCUGGGCUUGCAGAGCGAAUUCGCAAGUCUAGAAGGAAGUCCGGCGAGUCAAGCUCUGUGGUGGAAGAAACUGGCAUCGAAGAGGUCGUUGCGGAUGCUAGGGAGAAGAUGGGAGUGGUAGAGGAGCCAGUUCCCAAGGGUGAUCUGAUCAUCGGACGUAAUACCUGGAAAGAGUAUAUCCGAGAUGUGCCGUCACCUUCCGAGGGAGCAGAGACCAGUGGCUCUCCCGACGACACCCCUACCGCCGAGAACGCCGAGAAGAAAGAAGAACCCGAGAAGAAGGAUGAGAAGCCUUCUAAGCCUACCGGCCCGACCCCAGCAUACAUCACUCCCGCCGACUACUCGUCGCAAAACCUCCCACGGUCUCUCCCACAGUCCUUGGACGGCUCCGCUCCGAUCCAUUUCCCUCACAUUCUAGGAUUCUUGAACACUCCUAUCAGAAUCUACCGAUACUUGAACCAACGCCACCUCGCUGAUAGCGUCGGACGGGAGGUUGCUGGCAUCGUUCUCGCCUCGACGACCCGGCCAUACAGCGAUGGUUCAUUCAGCACAGACUCCGAGCUAACCCCAGCGGGUGUCGACGCCGCUCCAGCCUCCGAUAACCUGUUGGGUGGAAACUACGAACAACAAACCCUGCUCGAAGAGGAAGAACAGGACUGGCACAAGUCCGUGCACAAGAAGGAUGAGGCGAACCCUAAUAAGGAACGCGAGUGGGUGGACUCUGUCGUUCUGGAUUCCCGUAUCGCAGCCCGGAUGCAACGCUAUGUCCUUUCUCCCGAAGACGAAGCCCGCUCACAACGGAUUGCCGAGGGCGCAGAAUACAUCCUGGGUGAGGAGCGGCCCACGCCUGUUCCUUUCUGGCAGCGUAUGUGGAUUAAGUAUGGAUAUGGCGAGGACGAGGAAACUCUCAAGAGGAAGCCUAUCCUUGGAAACAUUGACGGAGAGGAUGACCAGUGA